AUGUGGAGGUGGAUUCAGUCGAGGUACUUGUGGACUCGGUCGAGGUACUCGUGGACUCGGUCGAGGUGGAGGUGGAUUCAGUCGAGGUACUCGUGGACUCGGUCGAGGUAUCUUGUUGACUCGGUCGAUGUGGAGGUGGAUUCAGUCAAUGUACUCGCGGACUCGGUCGAGGUACUGGUGGACUCGGUCGAUGUGGAGGUGGAUUCAGUCGAGGUACUCGUGGACUCGGUCGAGGUACUCGUUGACUCGGUCGAUGUGGAGGUGGAUUCAGUCGAGGUACUCGUGGACUCGGUCGAGGUGGAGGUGGAUUCAGUCGAUGUACUGGUGGACUCGGUCGAGGUGGAGGUGGAUUCAGUCUUUGUUCUCGUGGACUCGGUCGAGGUACUGGUGGACUCGGUCGAUGUGGAGGUGGAUUCAGUCGAGGUACUCGUGGACUCGGUCGAGGUGGAGGUGGAUUCAGUCGAGGUACUCGUGGACUCGGUCGAGGUACUCGUCGACUCGGUCGAGGUGGAGGUGGAUUCAGUCGAGGUACUUGUGGACUCGGUCGAGGUGGAGGUGGAUUCAGUCGAGGUACUCGUGGACUCGGUCGAGGUGGAGGUGGAUUCAGUCGAUGUACUGGUGGACUCGGUCGAGGUACUUGUGGACUCGGUCGAGGUGGAGGUGGAUUCAGUCGAGGUGCUCGUUGAUUCGGUCGAGGUACUUGUGGACUCGGUCGAGGUGGAGGUGGAUUCAGUCGAGGUACUCGUGGACUCGGUCGAGGUGGAGGAGGAUUCAGUUGAGGUACUCGUUGACUCGGUCGAGGUGGAGGUGGAUUCAGUCGAAGUACUCGUGGACUCGGUCGAUGUGGAGGUGGAUUCAGUCGAGGUACUCGUGGACUCGGUCGAGGUACUUGUGGACUCGGUCGAGGUGGAGGUGGAUUCAGUCGAUGUACUCGUGGACUCGGUCGAGGUGGAGGUGGAUUCAGUCGAGGUACUCGUGGACUCGGUCGAGGUGGAGGUGGAUUCAGUCGAGGUACUCGUGGACUCGGUCGAGGUGGAGGUGGAUUCAGUCGAGGUACUCGUGGACUCGGUCGAGGUGGAGGUGGAUUCAGUCGAGGUACUCGUGGACUCGGUCGAGGUACUUGUGGACUCGGUCGAGGUGGAGGUGGAUUCAGUCGAUGUACUCGUGGACUCGGUCGAGGUGGAGGUGGAUUCAGUCGAGGUACUCGUGGACUCGGUCGAGGUGGAGGUGGAUUCAGUCGAGGUACUCGUAGACUCGGUCGAGGUGGAGGUGGAUUCAGUCGAGGUACUCGUUGACUCGGUCGAGGUAGAGGUGGAUUCAGUCGAGGUACUCGUGGACUCAGUCGAGGUACUAGUGGACUCGGUCGAAGUACUUGUUGACGUUGGUGUUGAUGUUGAUGUGGUUUCGGUGGAAGUUGAAGUUGUUGUUGUAACCGGAAUGUCCGUGAGAACUAAAAAAUGCGAUUUGAUUACUGAUGUGUUGUUUUGA